AUGGGUUUAUACAUGAAGCUUGCAACCUUGCUCAUGAUCAUCGUGGCCUCGGUCUUCGCCACCGGUCAUGCUCAGGAGACUGAACAGAAGACUUUCACAGAGUGUUGGGCCGCCGUUACCGACAUCGCCGGUUGCUGGCAAGAGGUUUACACCUUCCUUCUCACAGGAAGAAACUACCCUGGUCCUAGCUGUUGCAAGGCCAUCCUCAACGUCGGCGUCGACUGCUGGGCCAACAUCUGGAUCCCUGGUGGGGUAAAUCCAGCUCUACUUUCUCAGCUCAACUCUUUCUGCUCUCUUGGGCUGCCCUCACCUGGUGUGCCUCUUCCUAAGGUUAACUAG